AUGGAUGGGGAAGGAGAUGAAGUCGGAGUGGAAUCUAGUCAAGGGGCGGAGAAGGCGGAGUCCCCUUCCGCAUCCGCUUCCCCCGGCGCGGCUGGUCCGGGCGCCGUCCCCCAUCCGCACCUGGCGAAUGCGUCCGUCCCCGCUUCGCAUCCUCCCUCUGGUGAUCUUCAGAGGCAUGGGAGUGAUAGGCCAGGAGGCCACUGGAGGCAUCGAGUGAAGAAAUGGUGUGAGGAAGUGUAUCAGUGUUGGCCCUGGAACGGGCAGGAGACCCUGGAGCGGAUCCGCAUCGUCAUCAUCGUAUCCUUCCUCUUCACUGCCCUUCUCAUCAUCAUCAACCUCUUCCUCUCCUUUCUCCUUCCACCAACGUCCGAUGCCUUGUCGUCCUGUUUUCCCUCGUCUCGUGGCAUUCCUGUUUCUCUGCAGAAAUUGAUAGAAGGGGGCGCCCUGUUGGUCUACCCCGGCCGUCCACCUCCCACCUGAUCCCCUCGUAUCAGAAGAAACCCCUUCAUAUCAGCUUCUGUGAGGCAUACAUGGGCGUGUGAUAUGAGAUGGACUCAAGAUGUGUUCAAGGUGGACCUGUUUCUGGCUUUCCCUUCCGCCUUGCCAAAGCGAUGCGGUACCGUUUCGUGGCAUGAGAAGAACAGCCUUGGACCAUCGGUUCAUCAGUAUUUACCAUUUCUACUUCCAUCUUCAUCCCUUUUUCUUCUCUUGAAUUUCUGUGACUCCAUUCUAUUUUAUUUUGAUUUCUUCCCAUGUAUUUGGUUGUGAUUGAUAUUAAUAAUUUUAAAUUUAUCCAGGACUCCUUUAUUUCAAAGAAAAGUGAACGUAUUUGUUCCUCGAGUGCAUUUCAUUCCUCCCCUCCUCGUGUCUUGCCGUUCCUUAGAUAGAAGAUGCUAUUAUAUAGAAUUGAAAAAAAUUCAUUCAGAGGCAACAUGAAAUUUGUGGGCAAUUGCUACCAGAAUAAAAUGUCUU